UGUGUGUGUGUGUGUGUGUGUGUGUGUGUGUGUAGGAGCCAGGCGGUACAGCAGGAUGUCUAUAGAAGCUGAGGCGUUGCUGCAGGAGGCUAAGGAGAGUAUAGAAGCAGCUCAGAAUUACAGGAGCGAACUACAACAACGCCUACAUGGACUCAGCCAAGCACGCAAACAGGUACGAGGCAGCUCGUCUCAGGCCAGAGAGGGGUUGAAGCGUCAUUUCUCAGAGCUCCAGACGGCUGUGACCCGCCUCCUGACGGAGCGUCUGAGUGUGCUCCUUAGCGAGGUGGAUGUCAUCGAGCAGGACAGCGUUCGACCGCUGGACGACUGCCAGAAACUCAUAGAACACGGAGUCAACACUGCAGACGAGCUGCUCCGAGAGGGUGAGGUAUAGAUAGACGGAGGGACGCAUGGUUCAAAUCCCGGAGCCCUUGAGCAAGGCACUUAACAAGUUGACCAUGGCCGUAACCCCACUCCCUGAGACUGUCUCAGGGGGAGUAGGAUAUGCAAAAUA